UGCUUUCCAAACAAGAUGAAUGAAAAGGAAAGCUAACACAAGCUCUCGCUGGUUGUAUUGUACGAUCUGAUAUUUGAAUGGCGGAGGCAGAGGGUCUGCAAGAGGCUUGUGGGGUAUUUGGCGUGGUGGCGGGCGGUGAAUGGCCGACAACGCUUGAUGUGGCUCACACGACGGCGUUUGCUCUAGUGGGUCUUCAACAUCGUGGUCAAGAAAGUGCAGGCAUUGUGACCAGCUAUGGAGAUGACCCCCACAAAAUUUUCUGCCACAAGGAGAUGGGACUGGUCAACACAGUGUUUGAUGACCAUGCACUGUCCAGACUGAAGGGCAAUCUGGCCAUUGGUCACACACGCUACUCCACAGCCGGGGGCUCUCAGCUGGUCAACUGUCAGCCAUUUGUAGUGGACACAAUGCAUGGUUUGAUUGCUGUGGCCCACAACGGAGAACUGGUCAAUGCUAAAAUGCUCAGAGAAAAGGUCUUACAGAGAGGAGUUGGUCUAUCCACAAAGUCUGACAGCGAGUUAAUGACACAGUUGCUUUGUUUAUCGCCUCCAGAGAGUGAAGAGAGUGGGCCUGACUGGCCUGCAAGGAUUCGACAGUUUAUGAGUGAGAGUCAGACUUCAUACUGUGUAUUGUUGUAUUUUGGGGACAAAAUUUACGCAUUUAGAGACCCAUAUGGGAACCGUCCACUCUGCCUGGGGAAGUUGAUGGGAAGUCCAGGAGGAAGAAUCUCAGAUAGUCAAAAUGAUAAUGCAGAAUGUGAUGGUUACGUUGUGUCAUCAGAGUCUUGUGUCUUCACCUGUAUUGGAGCUGCUUACCACAGGGAGGUUUUACCAGGAGAGAUUGUUGAAAUAUCCCGCAGUGGGUUUAAGUCUGUGUGUGUAGUGCCCCGUGCAGAGGACAGAAAGGCUGCAUUUUGUAUAUUUGAGUAUGUCUACUUUGCCAGGCCUGACAGUAUAUUUGAGGGUCAAAUGGUUUACAAUGCCAGAUUUCGCUGUGGAGAGAUGUUGGCCAAAGAAUUACCAGUGAAGGCUGAUUUAGUUAGUACAGUCCCUGAGUCUGCCACACCCGCAGCACUGGGGUUCUCCAAACAGGCAGGAAUACCAUAUGUAGAAGUCUUAUGUAAGAACAGAUAUGUUGGCCGCACAUUUAUCCAGCCCAGUUUGAGGCUGCGACAGAUUGGAGUUGCUAAGAAGUUCGGACCACUCACCGAAAACUUUCGCGGCAAACGUGUGGUUCUAAUAGAUGAUUCCAUAGUUCGUGGGAACACCAUGGCACCCAUUGUGGGGCUUUUAAAGCAAUCGGGAGCCAAAGAGGUUCAUGUUCGUGUGGCCUCUCCACCAAUUAAGUAUCCAUGUUACAUGGGGAUAAACAUUCCUACAAAAGAAGAGCUCAUAGCUAACAAGCUAUCCCUUGACAAGUUAUCAGUUUACUUGGGAGCAGACAGUGUGGGGUAUCUCUCUGUGGAUGGUUUGGUCACUGCCGUUCAGGAAGGAAUUCCCAACAAAACCAAAGGCACUGGACACUGCACUGCUUGCCUGACUGCUAACUACCCAGUAGAGCUAGAGUGGUAG